GCGAUCCACUACAUUCAUGUAUCUCUUAAUAUUUAUUGUGUUUUAAAUGUUAUAUGAGAAAUUCAACAUUCAAAAUUAAAACAAUUUUCCGUCACAGCUCGCUGAACAACGUGUAUCUUUUUCACGUUGGUUGAUUUUUUUUUCUUUUUUUAAAGUCAGAAAUAUUAUGACAACGCCAUUUGUAUUGGAAGCGGAAAUAAUCGUUAAAUAAUCAAAAUUUGAUUAUUCAUCGUCCAACCAUUUUUUUAGUUAGAUAGAUAAAGAAAUAUUCAUUAUAUUAAAAUUUAGCUGGAUACAAAGCGUUUAGCAGAAAAUAACUCUCAACAUAGGAAAAUUUUCUUUUUACUCUUUGUCGUUGGAUUUUUUAAAAGACAGUAUGUUUCAAGACGUUCUUGAAAUAUGAAUGCUAGGCCAUGAGCCCAUGACCCAUCUUUAAAAACAAAUACUCCAGUGCACUCUUGUUUAAAGAGGAGAUUCGAAUAGUUUGACUUUAAUCCUCGAAAUUUGUUCCCAUUCAAAUCGUUUGUAUAUUCGCGUUCUCACACCUGCAUUGUCGCUACAUUAAUCUCCCUUUCAUUUUUUUAUACAUCACGAACCCUAAUUAUAAUGCUCUAAUUACACAAAUAUGCUACACUAGACUCUACUAUCAUGCUCAUACUUGAGAUCCACGCUUCUCGCUUUGCUUUCUCCCGCAGUUUCACUCUCAUUCACGUUCUCUCUCACGCCUCUCCCGUCCUUUCUUCAUGUUCGCUUCAUCAUGCCACGUAUAUACGUGAUCGUUAAACAAUUGUUCUGCACUUUUUAAAAUUCGAAUAAAAUUGUUUUAGCCGUGUAAUAUUUUAGUGUUUGGUUAAGUUCUCGAGGUUUAAUUAAAUGUGUUUUAACUAACUUAAUGGUGAAUAUUGAUGAGUUGAUUGUAUAUAGUGAUUCAUUGCAUAAAUUAAUGGAGGUGAUGUGUGUUAUACAUACUACUACUCAGACUUCCCCUGGAUUUAUCUGUAUUAGAUCAGUUCCAUGCCGACCGAGCUGAAGUUGGAUACGGUUAUUUGCCAAGACAUUGAGGAGCUGGAAUUUAGGGCCUCAAAUGAUAAAGUGAAUGUGGUACACAAGCUGCUGGACACUUUCCUUUGGCAAGGGAAGUGGUCUAAGAACAAUAUAACGACGCCCAAAGAACGAAGAACGUCAAGUGAAAACAGGUUUUCUAGAGCAAAUCGAGCAGAAGCAGAUACCAAUGCUGGAACCAAUAGUACUGAAGGUAAGAGAGAGCAUGGAUCUGGAAGAAGCACUGGACCUCUAUUGUCUGGGACAGCAUACUGCAUUUCAUCUUGCAGCAUGAUAUUGCUCAACAAAAUUGUUUUAUCAAGUUAUGCCUUUAAUGCAGGCAUAUCAUUGAUGUUGUAUCAGAACCUCAUUAGCUGUAUACUAGUUGCUCUUAUGAGUUUGUUUGGAGCAGUCACAGUGGAGAAGUUGAACUGGAAACUGAUCCGGGUGUGGCUUCCAGUCAAUAUCAUAUUUGUGGCUAUGCUUGUAUCAGGGAUGUACAGUUUGAAAUUCAUAAAUAUUGCAAUGGUGACUAUUCUGAAGAACGUGACAAAUAUUUUAACAGCAAUUGGUGAACUAUAUAUUUUCCGAAAGCGUCAGAAUCAGCAAGUGUGGGCUGCCAUGUUUCUCAUGAUUAUCUCUGCAAUAACUGGUGGCAUAACAGAUCUCACAUUUGAUUCUGUGGGUUAUGCAUGGCAGUUUUCGAACUGUGUUCUGACUGCAAGCUACUCGCUUACCCUGCGCCGUGUCAUGGAUAAAGCAAAGCUGUUGACUGAUUCUGGAUCUCUUAAUGAAGUUUCAAUGGUUUUGCUAAAUAAUAUGUUAUCUUUACCAUUUGGCAUCUUCUUGGUUCUUCUGUUCAAUGAAUGGGACUAUGUAAUUAAUGCGGACGUAAUUAAGAUGCCUAUGUUUUGGGUGGUGGCAACAGCCAGUGGGGUACUCGGACUCUCAAUUAGCUUCACAUCUAUGUGGUUUCUUAAUCAAACUGGUCCAACCACCUACAGUUUGGUCGGUUCACUGAACAAGAUACCUAUCUCUAUAGUUGGCAUCGUAUUAUUUAAGGUUCCCGUCAGCCUCACAAAUCUCUUCAGCAUACUAUUCGGUCUAUUUGCCGGGGUCUUCUUUGCAAAGGCUAAAAUGGCCUGACCGGCCGUGGUUUAGUUUGCUAUAUAAAGCUGUCAAAGGAUAGAGAGAACACAAAUACUCAAAGGAUAGUCAGUAAUUUACAUGCUGCUGGAACUCGUAAGAAUUCUAAUGGCUACAACAUACACAGAAGGGAGCAUCUCAAAGUUGAAGACAAACAAGCAGUUAGUCUCAGAACUUAUACUUGAUAUAUAUUUUGUUUUCAUGUAAUAUUUCCAGAGGAUCAUCUAUGCUUUUGCACUUGCUUAUGCUCUUCCUGUUCAGUCUAUAUUUUACCAUUGUUGCUAGCUGGAAUUAAUUUUUGGUUAUAUCAUAUAUAUGUACAAAUUACAUUCUUGUACAUGAGUUCAUCAAAAUUUCCUUGA